AAAGACUUUGUGACUACCCACCCGUCCAAUUGCUUAGUCAUCUUCCUCAUCCACUUCUCAAAGCAAACCAUGAAUAUGUUGCAGCGCAGAGGGCAAGAAUAGAUAGGGGCCUAGAGGGAUCAUGGAGGUGGUGAGUGCUUCCCAUGGCGUGUUUGGUCCCCUCCUGGGGAAGCUCACCGCCUUGCUCGCCAAGGAGUGUGGCCGGCUGAAAGGGGUCCGGCGUGAGAUCCGGGCGCUCAGAUCUGAGCUCGCUAGCAUGCAUGCAGCGCUGAGAGAGUACACCAAGCUGGAAGAGCCAGACGACCAGGUCAAGACAUGGAUAUCACUUGUCAGGGAGUUGGCCUAUGACACGGAAGAUGUCUUUGACAAGUUCAUCAACCGGCUCGGUAAUGGCCAGGAUGACGGUGGCUUCAAGGAGUUCUUCCGCAAGACUGCUCGCCGUCUCAAGACACUUGGAGCUAGGCGCGGCAUCGCCGGCCAAAUAGAUGAUCUGAAGGUUCGCAUCAAUCAAGUGAAAGAGCUCAAGGAUUGCUACAAGCUGAAUGAUGCUCCUUCUAGCACCACUGGACAUGCAACCGUGGAUCCUCGGCUGCAUGCACUUUUCUCCGAGGAGGCACGCCUUGUAGGAAUUGAUGGUCCAAGAGAUGAUCUUGCCAAUUGGAUGGUGGAAGGAAAUAACUCAUCUGAACAUCUCAAGGUGUUGUCUAUUGUUGGGUUUGGUGGAUUGGGAAAGACAACAGUAGCAAAAGAGGUACGCCAAAAAAUUGGAGGGCAUUUUGAUUGUCGAGCUUUUGUAUCUGUCUCUCAAAAGCCUGAUAUAAAAAAGAUUAUCAAGGAUGUGAUAUCUCAAGUGUCAAUCCAAGAUGGAUGCACUGACAAUUGGGACGAAAGAAAAUCCAUUGCAAAGUUAAGAGAACUACUUCAGGAUAAGAGGUACCUUGUAAUUAUUGAUGAUAUAUGGUCUACACUUGCAUGGGAAGCCGUCAAGUGUGCUUUUCCGGAGAACAACCAUUCCAGCAGAAUAAUAGUUACUACACGCGAUGUUCAGGUAGCAAGAUCAUGUUGUCAGAGUGGAGAUGACCGCAUAUAUCAGAUGAAAGGCCUAAGUAAACUUGACUCUAAAAGAUUAUUUUCCAAAAGGAUAUUUGGUUCCGAAGAUUGUUGUCCGGGUGUGUUGAAUGAAGUUUCUAAUGAAAUCUUGAAAAAAUGUGGAGGCCUACCAUUGGCAAUUAUCAGUAUAUCUGGUUUGCUAGCCAACAUACCGGCUGUCAAAGAGGAGUGGGUGAAGAUUAAAAGGUCUAUUGGUUCUGCACUACAAAAUAAUCAGAGUCUAGAGGGAAUGAGUAGCAUACUGCUGCUUGGCUACAAUCAUCUUCCACCUAAUCUCAAGACAUGUUUGCUGUAUUUAAGUGCGUUCCCUGAGGAUUUUGUGAUUAAAAGAUGUGAGCUAGUGAGGCAAUGGAUAGCAGAAGGCUUUAUACCUGAAGAGCGUGGACAGAGCCAACAAGAUGUCGCGGAGCAUUAUUUCUACGAGCUUAUAAAUAAAAGCAUGGUUCAACCAUGGGACAUCGAGCCUGAUGGCAAAGUUCGUGCUUGUCGGGUCCAUGACAUGAUACUUGAAAUUCUUAUUUCAAAAUCUUGUGAAGAUAAUUUCAUCACUGUGGUAGGCAGCGGCCAAGCGCAUUUGUCAAAUCAUCAUAGUGUCAUUCGGCGACUGUCAAUCCAACACAUUGACCAAAAUCUUGCAUCUAAAUUGGCGAAAGAAGAUCUAACUCAUGUUCGAUCUCUGAUAAUAACAGCACAGUCAGGUGGCAUCGAACACUUGCCUAGUCUUGUUAAAUUUGAAGCCUUACGUAUACUGGAUUUUGCAUUUCAUCAUGAUUUGCAGGAGUAUAUUAUGAAAGGUUUGGAUAAGUUGUCCAAAUUAAAGUAUCUCAAACUUAUGGGCAGGGGCACAACAAAACUACCACCAGGUAUUGUGAGGCUACAUGAUCUACAAACUCUAGAUUUACAGGGUACAAACGUGAAAGAGCUGCCAGAUGGAUUUGUUCAGAUGACUGAACUACAGCACCUGCUCACUGAAGGAUUUGCGAAGAUGCCAAAUGGAAUAGGGGGUAUGAUGAACCUAUGGGAAAUCUCUAGCUUUGAUAUUACCCGGAGUCCAGCAAAUGCAGUGGAUUUCGGGAACCUAGCCAAUUUAAAUACACUCAGUGUUAAGUUGGACAGUGGGUUAUCUGAAGAGCACAGGAGGCGUGAAGAGAUGUUCCUUUCCUCCAUGUGCAAGCUUGGAAACUGCAAACUCCAGCAUUUAACGAUAGAUAGGUUUGGCGGUUCCCUGGAGUUCUUAGAUUCCUGGUCACCUCUGCCAUCUUCUCUUCAAACAUGUAGGCUAUCUGGCUACUCCUGUUUCUCAGACUUUCCAAAGUGGAUUGCACCAGCUCUCACCAACCUUUCUUUUCUGAGCAUAGGCUUAACCAAAUUAACGGUGGAAGGUCUGCACACUCUUGGGGAGCUCCCAGCCUUAUUGAUUCUGCACUUGCAGAUAAAAACAGGACCGGGGGAUAGGAUUAUAGUCCAACACAAUUGCUUCCCAAGUCUGAAUGAGUUUACGACCUCUGCUAAGAAGGGGGCAAACUUUAUUUUCAUGAAAGGGGCUAUGCCCAAGCUUGAGAUCCUUGGUAUGUCUAUCAAUUUGUCAGUGGGAAAAACUUAUGGCUUCUACACAGGCAUGGAGAAUCUCGGAUGUCUCCGAGAGUUAAGACUGACUCUUCCAUGUAAGGAUGGUACACCUUUCGACGACACGCCUGCAGCUGCUGUAAUCAGGAAGGAAGCCGUAGCUGCGUUCGCAAGGGAAGCAGCUUCCCAUGCCAACCAUCCCAGUGGUUUUCUUACGGAUGAGACGGGAAUGAUGACUUUCUUAGAAUAGUUGAAGAGGUUUCCAAGACUGCUUCUGAAAUUCACAUGUGCCCUAUCACUUUCAUUUGGCACGUUCAAGAUUGAUGAUGAGUGGCUGACUGGCUCAGCAUACUUGGAAUGUCGUACCGAAGGUACAUUGUACAAGCAGAUGAUAAAAUUACAAGCAGAUGCUUAAACAGUGCCAUUUCGAGAAGUACUGAUCUGAGUUGCUACUUGCUUUUGAGAAUGAAUGCUUAAGGUGUGUUUGCAUUCCGGUAAUGGAUGGUGAUUUCUGUUGAACACUUCUGUAUAGUGUUUUGGUUGUUUACUUCCGUAAGCUCUACCUGAAUUGUUCCUGCUGAAUAAACUUCCUGGAAAUGUAUUGCUGAUUCUAGAUCGUUUGAUUGAUUGAGUUUGAAAUUGUAUUGAUAUUUUCUACA